AUGCAUUUUCGAUACGAGAAGGUAGCUUUGUUCGGCAUAAUAUUCUUUAUCUUAACAUACUUUUGGAUUGGCUUUCAAAGUAACGACGAUCUAGAGCCAUCGAUCAAACGUGUUGAUUGUCUUAUAGAAGGCACCAAGAAGAUAUCGUGUUUGAAGGAGGAAUUUGAAGUCUAUUUUCCCUUUAAAUUUAUACGAAAACAGUUUGAUGUGAACGGAAAAUGGACCUCGGGUAGGGUGUUUUAAACUUUUCUUUAUAAGUUUGACAAUUUUGAUGUUUUUUCGAAAGUCAUUUCUUACGCUUUCUAUGUUAAUAUAGUGUAUAAUAUGGGGAUAAUAUUGGUUAUUUUAUUUCUCACCAUUGUCAAAUUAAUGCUUCAGAAGACCGCUUUGAGUAUUUUACAUCGUAUUCCAAGUCGAAACGACCUGACAUCAAAAACUACAGUAACUUUGGUGUGUUCGGUAACUUUGGUUCUUACAAUGUAGAAAAGAGAGAAAGGGUAAGAUGCAUCGAAGGCAGCUUGCAGGUACCUAUGAGUACCCAAUGGCAGGAAACUCCCUAUUUUUAUCCUAUUCAGAUUGCUCAAUUUGGCUUGCAACAUUACUCAAAACUUCAAACAGGUAAGCAAAGUCAAGUACAAUAUUAUAGUUGAGUUUAACGUUGUUAAAUUAAUAAGUAUAUGUUUGUGUUUUCGUAUUUAUUUAAACUUUAGAUCCUCAUGCCUCAAAACAUACGAUCUCUGAUGUCCAAACAAAUUCAGCUAAAACAAUUCGUAAUGGCACUACUUUUGUCACAAUCGAUGAUCUCAGCCAGCACUUCUCACUUGACCUUAAAUCACACUCCGAUCUUACUGUAAUUUCAUUUGAAUGGAAUCCACUUUCUGAUGAUUCGUUCUUCUCAGUAGAACUCCAAAGCAGUGAAGAUGUCUUAAUCACUAUAAACUACGUCACCAAAACUGACGCUAGAUGUUUGUGGGAACAUGAAGGUGUGAGUGUUGCUUUACAAUAAGUACACCCAUUGAUAAUUUAUAUGCUUCACUUUUUACUAUAUGGAGUAUUGUAAAGUGGUACUGUUUAAGCAAUGUAAUGUUUGAUUUCAGAAAUAUUAUCAAUCUCUAAAUCGUGGUGGUAAGAUGUUUGUUCUUCGGGACUUUGCUGUGGAUGCGAGUAAAGUAAUGGCACUAAAAAGUAACAAGAAGGAUGGCCGUGGUAGAAGCGGUGAGUUUUUGUCAAAUUACUGUUGUUUGAUUGCAGAGUUGGCACGAGUGUUAGAGCUAGCAGACUGACAGUGUCAGAGUCAGCUCUAAAGCUGCAAUGUCUCAACUCUCACAUCAGGCUGCACAUCAAAUUACUGUAAUUUUUCAGAACAAUUCAAAGUGCUUUCCAUUCGCUUCAAUGGUAUUUUGGAAAUCACAAUGCCGAUUUAUCAGCAAUCAUCGGAUCACAAACAAAUGUUCUUGAACUCAGCUGAUUGGCUUCUCAAAAACCAGCGUGAGAACGGUGCGUGGGCCGUGCCAGUCAAACGAAUUAUAGACAAGAAGCUCUUCUUACCAGCCUUCUGGCCUAGUGCCAUGGCACAAGGACACGGAAUCAGCGUUCUAAUCCGAGCUUAUCACUUGACCAACAACGAGGCAUACUUACAUGCGGCCAGAAAAGCCUUGAAGCCAUUUGAAUUGGCACCAAAAGACGGCGGCGUAAGGAAUGUUGUUCUUGGAGUGCCAUGGUAUGAGGAGUAUCCUACAACACCGCCUACUGUAGUUCUCAACGGGUUUAUAUAUUCACUUAUCGGACUGUACGACCUUGCAAUCGUAGAAAAUGGGACAGCACGGAAUCUGUUCCAAGAAGGCCUACAUUCGCUCAAAACACUACUGCCUUUGUAUGACACUGGCUCUGGAUCAGUUUAUGACCUCAGGCAUCUUUUCCUGAAAACACCACCGAACUUGGCUCGAUGGGAUUACCACAAAGUACAUGUAUAUCUGCUGAAAUGGCUACAUGCUAUGACCAAGGAAACCAUAUACGACGACUACACGGAGCGCUGGCUACAGUACUCCAUGGGACAACGGGCUAAACAUAACUAA